AUGGCCACACAUCACGUUCGUCACCCGUCUCAUCAAUCCAAAAAGUCGCAGCCAGCGCACGCACGGCCCUCUAGGCCUCUGUCAAAGCGGACCCAGUCCCACGGCACCAAAGCCGCCUCCAAAGCCGUUCAUUACAAAGAGACUGCAUCCGACGAGGACGAGGACUCAAUGGCCGUGAGUUUUUUGAACUACUGCACCGUCUGCGAGAAGCAAAUUAUUGUUCCCAGUAACUCUGUGCUCUAUUGCUCGGAAAGCUGCAAGAAAAAGGACACCGAGAAGAGCCUUACCUAUUCAUACGAUCAUUACUCACCGCCAACUACGCCAUUUGCCAACUUCACGUUCGACGAGUUUGCCUUUCGCGACAUUGUACCUCAGCGCUCCCCCACUCAGCCUGAGUCAAAACGCUCGUCAUGUGCCUUCUCCGACAUCUCGUCAGACGAUAACAGCGUCGACCGGUGUCAGCGUUUCGACUCGGAGGCAUCAAAAUAUCUCCGCAAAUUCCAAUCGCCUGCCUACUUCCCCGAUACCGUUCGACCGCGCUACAGCCGUAGCUCUACUUCACAAAUCAGCUUUAGCGCCGCCCCCUCGCUGUCACACACCCCAGCCUCGUCAGUGAGCUACUCGCUGCCAUACACGCCCGCCACUACGCGACCUCUUCCACCCAGGACUAAGCCGUCGCAUAGUGGGUCUUACGGAGCCAAAUCAAUUGACCUCGUUACCCCAGUGACGGCUCCAUCGAGUCCAAAGUCCUAUUCGCACAAAUCGGCGGCUUCCAUAUCAAGGACGUCUGCUAGUACAAUUGAAGGCGAGAUCUUCUACGCCAAGUCACCAGUUCCUGAGCCAUCAUUCGCUAGUGGCAGUCUUGGUCGAUUACUUGCUUCAACACCUCGUUAA